CGCUAAUACGUCUGAGAUUCGGCUGAAGAAAAGGUUUGUGUUUUAAGCAACUAAAAUGUUUCAUUCAAUGCAACCCGUUCGGGCAAUUUUGUAGUUUUUACAAACGAUGUAAAAUGAAAUUCAACACUGUAAACCUUUAUCUAACAGUAAUUAUAAAAGGUGCGUCUCUUUCGCUCCCUGUAUCGUGAAUCAGUGUAUCGUAAACACGAGCUCGGCCACUGUAGAGCAGUGGUGAGAGAACCGGGGUUUAGAGUCGAAUAUCCGUAUUGAAUCAAAUGAUUCGGAAAAUGAUUCAGUGAUUCGAAGCGCUCGAUUCACCGCGCUCUGACGUCACACGCCGAUCAAAACAGUGCAAUCGCCAAAUCAUUAAAUACGAAUUAUAUUAAUCAUUUAAACGCCUUAAUGGCGUUUAUGUAUAAUUUGUGUUCUUUUAUUCAUUUGUACAGCUAGUGUUGAUUGUUUUCGUUGAAUCAGGUGAUUUAAGUCCAUCUGACUACUGAACUAGGGAUUUAGUUUGGAUUUAUUUUGCUUUCUUUUUUAAUUACUCUCAUCUCAAACUUACUAUUUUAAAGAUGGCGUUCAUUAAAGAGGAGAGUGAAGACAUGCGGAUUGAAGACACUUUCAAAGUGAAACCAGAAGAUACUGAGGAACAAAUAGAGAUGGUGUUUAUUAAAGAGGAGAGUGAAGACACAAUGAAUGAAGAAACAUUCAGAGUAAAACAUGAAGAAACUGAGACACAAACAGGACAGGUCUUCACUUCCCUGGAGUUCAGGAGAAACCUGAUGAGAGGGCAGUACGGUACAACCCAGUGUCUACCAAAAGGGGGCCGUCCUGCUUUGGACAAUUCUCUGCGGUUAACAGCGAGGCAUUUCCCUGCUAAAGUCCCACAGACAACCGCCCAGGGCAGCAGGACAAGGCGGCACUGCAGGGUCUGCCUCUCCAGCUCUCGGAAGACAAAGGAGAGGCGUCUAACAAAGUACAUGUGUGUGCCAUGCAACACUCCAUUGUGUGUUACUCCUUGUUUCGAGGAGUACCACACGCUAAAAAAUUACUGAAAACAAAAAAACACUAAUCAAUGUCAGUUCUAAUAAUGCAUUUAAGUAAUUAUAACAAUUCUCAAUAAUUGUUUUACUGGUUUUAGGGAAGUUUGUUUACUUAAUUCCUGGUAAUAUGUGUUGAUAUUGUUUUACUAUGCAUGUAAAUAAUUUGUAAUUUCUCAAGCAUUACAGUUUUUUUAGAUUUUUUUUUUUUUUUUUGAAUAUCAGUUUUUAUAGUUUUCUGUUCCUUAUGUUAAAGUAGUCGACAUUAAAUGAACAUGGUCAGCAUUUCAUGCAUUGUGCGUUUCUCUUUCCAGUAUUAGAAACUGAAUAUAUUAUGUUUGUUAAUAAGAAAGCAAGGAACCCCACAGUGUACAUCUGACAUUGUACAGUCUUUCCCUUUAUGUGGAUGCUUUUGAGCAGCUAAUGGUGAAUAAGUAUAAAAGAAAUAUUAUGUUCAAUACAGCAAACCCCCAACUGUUCCCCGGGUGCCACAGCAAAAAUGGCUGUCCACUGCUCUGGGUGAGUGUUCACGUUUUUUUUUAAAUAGGAAAAAAUAAAAACUACACCUUCCCCAGGUGGUGGGCAUUCUCUGGACCCCCUACAAAUUUGUAAGUACUAUGGUAACAGUUUGGCAAAAUUAGAAGAUAGAGUCAGAGUCCCUUACAAGUGUAAGGAAGACUAUUUAAGAGAGAUUGAAAAAUAAUCUAUAAUUGUUUGUAGAUUUUAGUAUUCAAAAUAUUAUCAGCAGUUGCAUUAGUAGUGAGGAGCUAUAGGUUAUUCAAUGUGUCAUAAUGUUUUGUCUUUUGAGUCUAGGGUUGGGCAGGGACAACAUAAAGAAGUGAAAGUGACACAAAGAGUCUGAGCGAUUAGUCCCUUCUCUCUCCACCCCAGUACAUCACAACACCACAACAGUAGAACAAUAAAAGAACAAUAUGUAUAUUUAAAAGGAAGCAAUUAACUUCAAAAGGGGAUCAACAUAAACAAA